AAGAACAAGGUCACAGCAAUCUUAAAAAAUAAAGGCUUUAAAAGGGGGUUUUCCCAGCGAUGCCAUGGAAAAAACAAGAACUUUUCAGUGAGCAGUUAAAAGCAGUUUUUUUUCCCUUUUGUGCAUUGAAAAGGUUCCAGAGGUUGAAUCUUUAAGAUUGUAUUAAGAUAAAACAAAUGGUAGCUGUAUAAAAAGCUAUUCAACUAAACAAAAGUAGUAUGUAAACGACAUGUAACGCUUGGCCUUAUUGGUGUAGUUUACAUUAUUAAUUUGGUUGAUGAGGAUAUUUCAGUUUUUGUCAUGAGAAAAUGUGACUAAAAUUUAAACUGAUCCCAAAUGUAAAAGACAAAAGUGUAGAUAGCUCAGGGACAUCCCCUUCUUAAGGCAUAUUUACAUACAGGGCUUGAUAAAAUGUUGGCUGUUGUGUAGGUUCAGUGACUUCCAACACCUCAGUGGAAGAUGCUUCUCUUUAUAUGGCUGCUUUACAUGAUUAUUUAUGCUGAGGGAAAAUGUGCAAAGAAUUAUUAUUACGAUGGACUUCUUGAGGACUGUCAACAUUGUUCCAUUAGAUGCAACUCCCCACCAAAUAUUUGCAAUACAUUUUGUACCUCAAUACCAGAAAAUGAAGUUGAAAAGAAUCAAAAUAUACGUUUCAUUUUGAUCGUGUUUUUUGUGUUCCUGGGAGCUUUCACUGCACUGACCAUUAUUCUGCGAGUUAUACGCAGAAAAACCUGUAAGCCCAUCAUCAUGAACAAAGGUCAAGAACAAAAGACAUCUGACAGCGAGAGAGGCUCGGAUGUCACAGAGCAAUCUGAAGAUACGGAUGAACCUACGACCGAUUUGCCAGAUGGACUGAAUCAGCAUCACUACAACUCCAACCUGCCUCUUCCUUCCACUGAGGAAGGCACCACAUUGCUGGUUACCACAAAGACAGUACAAGCUUACCAGUGUACAUCUGUCAUAUAUGGAGGAGAUCACAUGGAACUUGUAUAACAGCAGCAGACUCUGAAAACACUGGUGGCACAUCAUCUCACCAUUACUCUGUGCAAACUGGAUCAAAUUCUCAUUGUAAUUUGAAAUGGACUGCUGGAUACACUAAUAAUGAAUACAGGACUUGAACACAGGAUGGUUUUUGACUGUUAAAAGUGAACAUCUCUGUGUUAUUUAGUUGUAAGAAUCAUCUGUGAAUGUAAACUAUUUUCAACAUGCUUUGUCCAAAAGGUCAGAGUUUCCUACACAUUUGUAUCAAUGCAAAGCCAGUACAGAUUUAUGUUCUUUGUUAAAUUAAAAAGUGUUACUUCAAUUAUAAAGACUUAUUAUAUAAGUAGCCUAUAUGUAAAUAUACUUAUAGACAGAAAUACAAUGCAAUAAAUGUUUAAAAGGACAGUUCACCCAUGAAAAUGAAAUUCUACCAUUGUUUACUCACCCUUAUGUUUUCCCCCCAAACAUUGCAUGACUUUUUUCUAUCUGCCCAAUGAUAGUCUCAGUCACCAUUCACUUUCACUAUGGAAAAAAAAAAAAAGAUGCAAUUAUGUGAAGGCGACGAAGGUUGUAAGUUCCAAACAUUCUUCCUAAUCCUUCCAUUUC